GUAUUUAAUUUAGAACGCAUAGCUCGUUCAUCAGUGUCGUGUUAAUGCUAUUAUCAAUAGUCAAGGGUUUUUUGCGACGGUGAUAGUGAAUUGCUAAAUAUAAAACUUGAUCAAGUUCUACAAGAUUGAGAAAAACACGCCCUAUUAUAUAUAUUUCUUUCUUAGUGAUUAAUUUCAGUUGGAUAUUAAUCUAAACUCUUAAUUUCCGAGAAACGAAUUUUAUAAGUUUUGGAAUGAUGUGCGCAUUUGUCACAAAGUAAAACAACUAGGUGUACUUUUGGCAAUUUCAACGACUUUAAAUAAAUUUCCAACGACUUUAAAUAAAUCCUACGUAAACGAGAUCUAUAUUAGAAAAUGUUAGAGUUGACAACAUGAGUAUAUAAUAGCAUAUGUGAAUUUUGCACGAAGCGCUUCCAACUUGUUUUCAACGCGUUCCUUGUUAUAAAGGAGAGACAGAUAAUCAUCAAAAUGGCGAUGAUAACGAGUUAUUGGACUUUGGAUAGUCUAAUGAUUCUAAUAACACUCGUGCUGGCCGCAUAUCUUUAUAUGACUCGCAAAUUCAACUACUGGAAAAAACGAGGCGUUUUCGAGAUAAAACCGUUGCCAUUUUUCGGCAAUCUCAUGAACACUAUGCUUUUUAAAGAAUCUUCUGGAUUAGUUUUGAAGAACUUGUACAACAAAUCAAAGGGGCAACGUUAUAUAGGUUUUUAUGUGCUUGACAAGCCUUGCUUGUUGAUACGCGACCCAGAAAUAAUCAAGAACAUACUAGUAAAGGAUUUUAAUAACUUCUGUGAUCGAGUAAGCUAUACUCAUUCAAAUGAUCUCAUGGGUCGCAGUAGUCUCCUACUCUUGAAAAAUCCAACAUGGAAACUUUUAAGAAGCAAGCUAACACCAAUGUUCACAUCCGGCAAACUCAAGAAAAUGUUCGAUUUGUUGAUGAAAUGCACUGUUAAUCUAGACACAUAUCUCGACACAUUGGGACUAGAUGAAAAGGAAAUAGCGAUGGAUGUGAAGGAUAUAUUUGGAAAUUUAACCACGGACAUGAUCGGUAGCACUGCUUAUGGACUCAAUAUUGAUUCAGUGAACAAUCCAGAAUGCGAUUUUCGUAAGAAGGGGAGGGCGAUAUUCGAAUUUGACAUCUUGCGCGGUUUGGAGUUGUUUGCAAUUUUCUUCUAUCCGGAUAUAUCCCGUUUGUUCCAUGUAAAUUUUUUUGGUAGACAAAAUAUUCACUUUUUACGCAAUGUUUUCUGGAACGCAAUCAAUGGUCGCAUAGAGUCUGGUGAAAAACGAAACGACCUCAUCGAUAUUCUGAUUGACUUUAGGAAAGAAUAUGUCAAUCAAGAUUUGGGAGAGUUCCAAGUUAACGGAGAUAGCUUAGUGGCGCAAGCGGCUAUAUUCUUUACUGGCGGUUUUGAGACCAGUUCAUCCACAACCUCUUUCUUAUUAUACGAAAUCGCGGUGCAACCAGAAAUCCAAAACAGACUUAGGGAAGAAAUUCUCGAUGCGUUCAUAGCAAACGAUGGAAAAAUCACAUACGAAAUGAUUCUGUCAUUACCGUAUCUUGAUAUGGUGUUUUCUGAAACCUUAAGGAAGUACCCAAUAUUGACCACUCUAGAUCGCGAAACGCUGGACACUUACAAAGUGGCGGACUCCAAUCUGGUUAUCGAAAAGAAUAUGCCGGUUUUUAUUUCAUUACUUGGCUUGCACUUUGAUCCGGAAUAUUUUCCCAAUCCUGAGAAAUAUGAUCCAGAACGAUUCAAUAAAGAGAAUAUCCAUAAAAUACCGCCUUACGUAUAUAUGCCAUUUGGAGAAGGUUCUCGCAAAUGCAUAGGUGCUCGUCUGGCUAUUUUGCAGACAAAACUAGCGCUAGUCAAAUUCCUGAGGCAAUACGAGGUAACACCGUGUGAAAAGACUCUAAUACCGAUGGUUAUCGAUCCGAAAGGUGCUUCCGUGACGUCGCCAUUGGGCGGCAAAAUAUGGCUCAACGUACGAAAGAUUAAAACAAGUUUUAAUUAAAAUCUGACAACAUUUAUUUUACAUCAGUAUACGAUCAUUGAAUGUAUCAAAUUCAUUUGAUAUGUUAAACAAUAAGAUAUUCCGCUGAUAACAUUCCAAUGAUAAUAUUCCGAUGAUAACAUUCAAAAGGAAUAUGAUAUAAGGAAUGCAUAAUAGAUCAUUACUUCUUGAAUAACAAUAACAAUAGUGAAUAGUUUUUAAAAAUUAGUAAUACUAACAGUGUUUUUUCUAUAAGUAAAACUAAAGCAACGAAUAACAAUGUUAGAUAUAAAAUGUAUGUAACUUGUAUGAUGUAACUUUUCUCAUAUAUCUUGUAUAAUAUAAUAUAAUUAUUGUACUAUACAUACAUACACAUACACACAUACAAUAUACUGUCGUGCCCCGUGUUGCCGGGAUGUGAAAGAGUUCGGAAUCAGCGAUGCGGGCGCGGCAGGGUGUGUGGCGGUGGGUAGGAAUGUAGUCAAAUGUGUAGCCACUACUUGUAAUUAAUAUAUAAAAAGCUUUAUUUAUAACCGUA